AUGUUGUUGCUGUUGUUUUUGUUGUUGUUGCUGCUGCUGCUGCUGCUGUUGCUACAUAGUAACGAUAAUGACGAUGAUAAUGACGUCAUCGCGGUUAUGGCGGUAAAAGUUAAUUUGUAUUCAAAUGACUUCUCCUCAAUUUACUUUACGUUGUUGGCGAUGUUUAUUUUUCGUUAUCGAUGUUACGAAUGUAGUAAUGAUGAGAUAUCGAAGGUGAUUGACAUGUACAUGUUCCUCUUUGACGACAUCCUACUUCUAUGCAGGGUCAAAAAGACGCCAAGAAAGAAACCAACGACGGUUGACCAAUCGAGUCCCUUCGCUAAAGUCCAGACAGACGGAGCAGUCUUCGUGGUGCAUCGGCAGCCCAUGGCUCUCGACAGAUUCGUCGUACAUGACGUUAGGCCCCUGGAUAACUCUGGGGGAGGGGUAUUUUGGGAUUACGUAGAAAGCACGUGUGACGUGUGUCAAGCUGACGAUGUGGCCAGCAACGAGGUCACCAAAGAUUCAUGUUUGCCGCAUCUCUACGAUGAUUGCAGUCCAUCAACUCAGAAGUCGAAUUUGCUGUUCGGCUGCGUUUCUGCUGCAACUGUCCUCAAGAAUGCGUUUGUUGUUGUUCAGGUCAACCGUUUCCAACAAAUCAUCGGAGUGUACACAUUACAAGCUCCAAAUUACUCCAGCAAGGCACAGUGGAUGAGCCGACUUCACGACGCGCAAGAAUGUUACAAGGAAGCGGCGAGGAAGGCGUCAGUGAACAAGCGUCUGUCGCGAGGUUGUGCCGUCGACAUCACUGUUCAGUGCGAGAACGAAUCGUUCGUUGAAUCUCCUGAAGACAGAGUUGAUGCCUCGCCCACCACAGCUGCUUCAACUUCUGCCGCUGCUGCUACUGGGGGUGGCGCUGGCGUGGGAUACAAAUCGUACGGGAUCCAGCAGAAACUGCAUCCAGGAUCUUUCCUGGGGGUCCCUCAGGGGUCAACCUCCUCCAAGCUGGAUGCCUCAAAAAUGGUGGACACAGAAACAGACUUGAACAAAAAUCGAAAAAUUCGAAGUUCGUCAUCUGACGCUGCUGCAAAUUUGAAGCAGGAAGAAGUUGAAGCACUGGGCGGCAAAGAUGAAAGAAGUUCUUCUGUAUUGAGGAGGACCUCCGAUCCCAUUUGUCAGCACGGUGGACGGGACGACACGUGCGCUGCCGUCGUGGCCUGCAGUGGUUCUGCUACACUCGGGAACAACGUUCAUGAAGAUGCUGCUGCUCUGGUCAGUCGGACCACUGAUGGUGGUGCAAGUGGCGGCGAUGGUGACCACAACAGUGAGAGAAAUUACAUUGAAGAUAAAAUUUCGAAAGCAAACACAGAUUAUUUCAUAACGUCACAUCGCCGCAACACGCUGCUCGACUACUACAACAUCGAGAAAAUAGGCAUGAGACUGAACUCAUCUGAGACAUCGGAUGCAACUCAGCAACUAAAACGUAGUGUUGAAGAUGUCGGCUUCGUUGAUGGAGUUGAUGUUGUUGUUCAUAGCAACGCUGAUAGUUCACUCUCAAAAACGUAUCAACAUAAAGAGCAACAGCAACAACAUCAAAGUUAUGCAGACCAGUCACACACUCCACAAAACAACCAAUUUUACAACCAACAACAUCAUCAUCUCUUCCAACAACAACAUCAAAUAUUCAAUUUGCAACAUCAGUACCAUCAACAACAAAUGCUACAGCAGCAGCAAUUUCAGCAGCAGCAACAACAACAACAGCAACAAUACUAUCUUCCGAAAUCUCUCGCCAGAGCCAGAGCACUUGGUUCUGGUAAGGAGAUCUCCAAUAGUGAUGGGAUUCUGAACAGAAAUCAAAAAUUUACCAACUCAAACAACCACCCCCACCACUACUACUACAACUUAGAUAAAAACUAUGUGAGUGGACUUGGUAGCGUCGAUGUUAACGCUAGUGGUGGCAAAGGUAGUGACGGCUUCAUCAGUGGUGUUGGUGCUGGCUUUGAUGAAAUUAGUCGGUCGCCGUUCUCAAGAAACAAUCCAUUUUUUGAGUUGUGCUAUGAGAGGCAUAUUGAAGAACAACAACAGCAUCAGCAACACCAACCACAACAUCAAUAUCAAUAUCAUCAACAACAACAACAACAACAGCAACAGCAACAAGAACGUUUCCAUCGCUAUCAGCAGCAGCAACAACAAGAUUGUUACGACUACGAUUCAUGUCACCAACAACCCCAUCAACAACAACAACAAAAUAUUUGCUCGUUAGAACGUCGUUAUCAUUAUUACCACCACAUCCAGCAACAACAACAGCAGCAGCAGGCAAAUAACGUUCAAAAACAUCAUCAACAGCAAACAACAUCACCUUUGGCAAUGACGUCAUCACCAAAACAACAACAACAAACACAGCGAGAUCAACAAAUCCGUCAGCAGCAACUUUCACCGCCACCAUCAUCACCGUCGUCGUCAUCAUCAUUACCGGCAUUGUCGCCAUCGUCAUCGUCGUCGUUAAUUUUCAAGAAGCCCCUACACGCCUCACUCCGGCUGAAACGCAAGACCAUGAUGAAGGCAAUUAAGGAGAAAUCUCAAUCUAUUGAUAAGACCUGCCCUCUCUAA